AUGAAGGUCCUCGCUCUUUUGCAAGCUGGUGUAGUUGCCGUAGCAGCUCGUCGAGUUGCAGCUUCACAUGCCGAUCCCGACGUUGGUGAAGGAUACAACUUUCUGCAAGACACGGUGAGCGGUGCAACCGAUAAAUUGAUCGGAACACUUGCCCCCAACGCUCCCGCCGAAACUAUCACUUCUCAUCAAGGCUCGACCAGCGGUGGAUUCUUCGCACCGUUUGGCACGGACGGACCCUCCGAGGAACUCUUCGAACGCAAUGGCAGCCUCGAGAAAAUCGUGCCGAUCAUCAACGUCGCCGAGGAAGCGCUCAACCAGCCCAUUCCUACCAAUGACUGGUGGGGCAACCUCAUCCACGUCACAGACCUCAAAAACGUGUCCAACUACGCUGCCUGGUCGAACCCGUACGCGGUGAAGCUGCCACGUGAAGCGCCGUACGGAUUGCAGACCUGCUACUCGUACACGUACCGCGAGAUCGGGUCAGAAGUCAACGGAACUGUCAAGUACUACAACCACUCGUACCAUAACGAUCUGACAUUGUCGUCGGAGGAGUUCUUCUCAUACGAGCCCAAAUACGAAGUGUACGAAUGGGACGAAGGAGGUGCCAAACUGCGUACGUGUGACGAGACCACAGGCAAAUGCAUGGACUCGGCAUUGGUGAGUGGAAUGGCGUUUGUGUCGGCCAAGUACGAUGGACUCACGCCACGCAUCGAUACCGAACACAAUAUCACGUACGUGGACGACUCGGCGCCGGGCAAGUUUGUCAUUCAUCUCAACAACAGUCAGACGUGGGUAUUGUACGCGAGUGACAAGAGCCUGUCACUGCGUGUAGAGGAGUCAGUCGUGUUCUCUGUGAACGCUUCGGGGUCGUCGCUGGUGGCGGACAAGGGGUACUCUGGCACGAUCCGAGUGGCGCUCCUUCCGGAAGACGCGACUGAUGACACCGUCUAUGAUGAGUACGCCUCUUGUAUGGUGAUGGGUGGUAGUGUAUCGAUGGAGUCACGCACGGGUUACUCGCUCCACUGGGACGUCGAGGGAAGUACGUGUGAGUCAGUGGGUCUGCUGCACUUCGCUCUGCCACACCAGGUCGAGUCGAUGACUGGAUCUCCGACCAAGACGACAAGUCCUGGAGCGAUCGUGAUGCACUCAGCUACGCGUGGUCUCAUGGUGGGUCAGGUGACGACGAACCCGACGUGGUCGUUCGUGGAGCCCGAAGCAGACUUCGAGGUGGACUUCUACCCUGCCCGUAAGCCGUCGCCGUGGAUUGUUCUGGAGACCGACAUGCUGCGUACGCUGCAGAAGGAUAUCAUGGGCAACUGGUCGGAUUGGGACGCCGAUAGCUGGUACUACAACGGCAAAUAUUUCCAGAAGUACGCGUCGUUGUGUCUGAUGGCAGCAGACAGCUCGGUGGUUGGCCCGGACACACUGCUUCUAUCGUUCUGUCUGGAGAAGCUGGAGAAGAUGAUUGAGCCGGUGCUGAACAACUCGCUGUCGCCUCCUCUCAUGUACGAUACGCUGUACCGCGGCAUCAUCUCGAGCUCGAUCUUCAAGACAGGCAGCAUCUACUUGGAGUUUGGUAACGGCAUGUACAAUGACCACCACUACCAUUACGGCUACUUUAUCACGGCAUCGGCUAUGCUUAAGCACCUGGACCCGAACUGGUCACGCAUGCCGGAGCUGGAGCAGAUCAUCUGGACGAUGCUUCGUGACGUUGUGAACCCAAGCGCGGAUGACAAAUACUUUCCUCGUUUCCGUCACUUUUCGUGGUAUUUGGGUCACUCGUACUCUCACGGUGUGACAUCGAUUGAUAACGGCAAGGAUGAGGAGAGCACGUCGGAGGAUAUCAAUUUCUUCUACGGUAUGACGUUGUGGGGCCGCGUGACGGGUAACAAGGCGGUGGAGGAUCUUGGAAGUUUAAUGCUUCGUAUUGAUGCGCAUGCCAUCCGCACGUACUUUCUAAUGACCUCAGACAACACGAUUCACCCACCUGAGAUUGUCCGCAACCACGUCACGGGUAUUUUCUUUGACAACAAGGUCUACUACAACACGUGGUUCCUGGAUGAGAAGUACGCCAUUCACGGUAUCCAAAUGAUCCCAGUGUCCCCCAUUAACGAAUUGGCUCGUACCUCGACGUUCGUGGAGCAAGAAUGGAACGACAUCCUGUCAAAGGAGCAAAUUGUCAUUGAGGUGAACACCACCAUUACGUGGCUCUCGCUCCUUCUUGUGAAUGCAGCAACGGUGAACCCCAUGGAGUCAUUGCACAAUCUGAAGAACGCAACGAUGGAUGAUGGUUUGUCGAGGUCUUGGGCGCUCUACAACGCUGCCACUCGCUGCCGUGAUGAGGUCCACGUCAACACGACUGCUGCCGCUCAACUGACCGUCAAGGUGUAA